AGCCUCUGAACCUAUCAUGGACCUGGCACGGCUGUCCCAGUGGUGCCGUAACUAGAAUGGAAACUGCUGUUGUCCCCAAGGCCUCCGCAGCGGAAAGCACUCCGGGGUCCUCGCCCUCCGCUGAAGGAGCAGCUGAUGGGCAUGACACGUCGGAAAUAUCCACUGCCUCCGAACCCCUUCAGAAGCCCUUUGUGCUCAGGCUCCUAGACGUGCACAGCAAGUCUGAGGGGCCCGAGGAGCCGGAGGAGGAGGCCCGCAAGCAGAGCCAGGGAGACCGAUACAACGAGUGUGAGGAGUCCAAGGAGACAUCUGAACUGCACCGUCCCUGUGAGCCCCACAAGCCUUAUGAGCCCUGCAAGCGCUAUAAGCCCCACAAGGCCUCUCAGUCCCACGAGCCCUAUGAGCUCCCGGAGUCCCACAAAGCCUACGAGCCCCAUGCACCCCGCCAGCCGCGUAAACCCAGAGAGCCCCAGGCUCCCCACGAGUCCCGCAAGCCCAGUGGAGCCGAGCUGCUUCCCGGCGCUGCCGUGGUGGUCUCGCCUUCUCUGGUGACCAGGUUCCCGCCACGGGUUCUGCGAUAUUCCCCGAGCGAUCCUUUUCCCUAUGGCAUUACAACAAAAUGUUUUUUUUCUAGGAAGAGAAUCCGAGAUCUUUCUAGGCCUAAAAAACAAUGGGGAGCCCCAGAUAGAAGACUGUUUUGGGGGAAUCAAGAUCCUAUUUGCCCUAUCGCCCAUAUUGCUUUGAAGGCUCACCUGACCAAAAGACUUGAGGACCUUGCCCAUCCCAAAGAAAUCUCCCACCGAUAUGUACCUAACAGGGCUCAAUAUUACUACAGCUGUGGUAGAGACUCUGUAAUCUGGGAGAUCCCUUCUCCUGCACUGUUUAGCCAACCUUCCAAAAGGAUCCAGAAGCUGGCACUGCCCAACAGAUUCAAGAAAGAAUAUCUAAUAAAUAGGUCCUACAGUGAGUACUUAUCAAGAGAUGCUCUUCAAAGCUCUGAUCCUUCUCCCCGGAUAUUACAACUCUCAAUAGCCAAAGCCACAAAUCCAAACUAUGUUCCUCCAAAAAGGAUUGAAACCAAGAUUUCAGUUUCUGCCCUGACUGCUGUUGCAACUCCAAGAAUUGUAGACCUUGCUCAUCCAAGGAUCAAGAUAGAGGGUCUAUGCUUUGAAAGAGAAAGAAGUGAACUGCCCAUCCGUCCUAUAUCCCACGCUGCCUUGCUAUGCAAACCUAGCCCUCGAAUAAUAGCUCUAGCUAAGGCCAAGCCUCUUCAUCAAGAUUAUCUACCUAUCCGUGAUGCCCACUGGCCAGUAUCUUAUGCUGCUAUCCAUUGCAAAAUAUCUCCUAGAAUUCAAGAACUAGCUAAUCCAAAUACAAGGUCUCCUGUGCAUAUUGUAUACUACGAUCCAGAUGUCUUUAAAGUCAAGCCAGCUGCUUUGAAAACACAGUGUACUCCAAGGAUCCAAGAAUUGGCAGAACCUAUUGUGCGUUAAAAACAGAAAGCCACAUCAGUCAGACUCUAGUUAUAUAUCUAGAAAACAUUAGGUGACUUAGUUCCCUAUACUGGUCCCAUCACUCUGUAUUCCCCUAUCUCUCCAAAACCCGUAUGAGGCCCCCAGGAAACACCAGUUCCUGCUAUUACCUGUAGUCAUGUCCUUAGCAAGGUUUGGGGACUCGAGCAUGUAAUAAAAUGAAACUGAGGGGGCCUGACUUUUCCUUACUAUCUCUCCCCAUGAGCAUCGAGACCAUCUCAUUGCUCUGACUGACCUGAAGAAACACUCUUCCUUAUGUUUGCUGGGCUUCUUUUUCUUUUCCUGGAGAGAUCUAUAUUCCCCAGCAGCUGGUCUCUGCUCAGUCCCUGCUCUAAUAAGUCCUGAGAAUUGAAGUAAUUCUUUGUGUUACUUUUCCAACCCCCCCUCCCUAACUGAGAAAUAACAUCGAAAUGGUGAAGCCUUUUGGGAUAACUUGAAAUGCUUUUUAUAAUCUUUAGAUUAAAUUUAGAGAACAGGUUACUUUAAAUAAUCACCUCUGCACCAAUCUCUGUCCCUUCACUCACAUUGGGUCAUUUAUCAUGAGUGACAGAAAAAGUGAGGCAUUUGGUAAGCAUUAUAAUUCUCUGUCAAAUUGCAUCUGCUCAGAGUUUUUCAAAUUUAGUUGUUUUAUUCUCUCCACGGAUCAGUAUUUUACAAAUGAAACUUUUAUGACAUAUCUAGAUUUACAUGAAAAUGAACUUAUCUGAAAGCCAGUUUUACAGAUGGAUAAGUUCUAUCUCCAAUGCUUUGUAUUAAGGAGAUAAUUAGUGUUAUGGAGAGGCAAUAUUAUAUAGUAGUUUUGAGCCUGUGUUUUGGCAUCAGGCAGACCUGGCUUAGUCUCCCUCAUGGAUCAUUUGCCAGGUAUGUGAUUUUGAACAAAUUUUCUCACCCUCCCCUCCUCCACCCUGUGACUGUUUCUUUACGUGUAAAAUGGGUUCCUGCUGUGUUAUUAUAAAGAUUAAAUAAAAUUCCAGGGGUACCUGGGUGGCUCAGUGAGUUAGGCAUCCA